AUAUGUUAAAAAGAUCUUUGAAGGUUUAAAAGACAAGUGAAAACAAGACAUUAACAUAAAUCGGUGCAUCAUUUAAAUCAGUGCUUUAAAUUAUUUUUACCUUGCAGAAACGCAAAAUUCAACAAUCGUUAACGAAAUGUCAAAGCUUCUAUAAGUUUUGGUUACCGCGCAAAAUGUCAAUACUUGUUUUGUUCAGUUUAUUUUGCGAAAUGGAGAUUUAUUUGUUAAUUGAUUGUUAAAAUUGUCGAGUUCUUAUUUUAGUAAUUGUGUUAAGGAAGUAGCGGCUGCGUCAAUUGUUUAAUGAAUUCUUAAUAAAAGUGAAUAUACUUUGCUGCAUAAUAAAGAUGCAGCGAAAACCAGGCUUCCCCGUGGCCAAUUGCAGCAUUAAAAUGCCAGAUGUGAGUACUCCAGAGAUAUGUACAGCAGAGGAAGAAUGGGAACCUCCACAGCGACGACAGCAGCUAAUCAACUUUGGACACUCACAGUGGGGCUUCAAUAACUGGAGCUGGUCUGUCAGCAAGCAGGAUCUUGAUUUUGUGGACUGUGUGGGAAACAAGUGUACUGCUGGUGUGGCUGCGUUUGUGUCAGUUACAGUAAAGAGCUUUGACAUACACAGGGAGAAUGUUGGCUAUGCCACUGCACUCGGACCCAACAAGGGCUCUGCUAUACAUAGAGCCAGGAAGUGUGCGGUAACAAAUGCACUGCGUGAGACUCUGCUAAGUUUUGGUGGGACUGUAGCCGCUGAGCUGAUGGAGCUUCUAGACACAAACAAAGUGGAAGCCGCCCCACCUCCACCCGAACCGCUUAUAGAGAACAACCAGAACAUUGCCAACAAGCAGGAACCCAAAAACAGUCCCCUUAAUAAAAAUAUACGAAAGGAAUCUUUGGACAGCAGCUCUUCAGUUAACCGGCCUUCAGUGCCCCCCGCAAUAAAGAACGCGGUGCUGACUCCCGCGCCUCCCGUCGCCAAAGCGCAC